GGGGGGCCGGCAUCGCGGCGAUGGCGGCGGCGGGGCGGGCGCUGCGCGCGGCGCUCCCCGCCGGGCUCUGGGGCCGCCUGGCCCCGCUGCCGGGCGCGCCCCGCCGGACCGCCGCGCACUUCUCUUUCCAGCCGGACCCGGCGCCCAGCGAGUACGGGCAAACUCAGAAGAUGAAUCUCUUCCAGUCCAUAACAAGUGCCUUGGACAAUGCUUUAGCCAAAGAUCCAACUGCAGUUGUAUUUGGUGAAGAUGUGGCCUUUGGUGGAGUCUUCAGAUGUACAGUUGGCUUGCGAGACAAGUAUGGUAAAGACAGAGUUUUCAACACCCCUUUAUGUGAACAAGGAAUUGUUGGCUUUGGUAUUGGAAUUGCUGUUACAGGUGCUACAGCCAUUGCAGAAAUUCAGUUUGCAGAUUACAUUUUUCCUGCAUUUGAUCAGAUUGUUAAUGAAGCAGCAAAAUAUCGUUACCGCUCUGGAGAUCUGUUCAAUUGUGGAAACCUCACCAUUAGAGCACCGUGGGGCUGUGUGGGUCACGGUGCACUAUAUCACUCUCAAAGUCCAGAAGCCUUUUUUGCUCACUGUCCAGGAAUAAAGAUUGUUAUUCCGAGGAGUCCUCUGCAGGCCAAAGGAUUGCUGCUGUCAUGCAUAGAGGACAAAAAUCCAUGCAUAUUCUUUGAACCUAAAAUACUUUACAGAGCUGCAGUGGAACAAGUUCCUAUAGAGCCCUACAACAUUCCACUGUCUCAAGCUGAGGUGCUGCAGACGGGAAGUGAUGUGACAAUGGUUGCUUGGGGCACUCAGGUGCAUGUGAUCAAAGAGGUGGCAGCAAUGGCUCAAGAAAAGCUUGGUGUGUCCUGUGAAGUUAUUGAUCUGAGAACCAUCUUACCAUGGGAUACAGAGACUGUUUGCAAGUCAGUGGCAAAGACUGGGCGAUUGCUGAUUAGCCAUGAGGCUCCCUUGACAGGAGGAUUUGCAUCUGAAAUCAGUUCCACAGUUCAGGAGGAAUGCUUUUUGAAUUUAGAAGCUCCUAUUGCAAGAGUAUGUGGCUAUGACACUCCCUUCCCUCACAUCUUUGAGCCUUUCUACAUCCCAGACAAAUGGAAAUGCUAUGAUGCUCUUAGAAGAAUGAUCAACUACUGAGCAGUAGUACAGAGAGGAGAAGAACAACAGGGAAAUACAGAAGCUGCCUUCAAAACUCUUGACAUUUUAAUCAGAUCUUUUGGGUUUGGAAUUUACAUAGCACACUUUUCUUUUAACUCAGCUAUCCUGAAUGUUCAUCUUGGCUACUCUUCAGCAAGUUCAAAUUUUCCUUAAUUAUGAAAUCAGUGAUGGGCAGGUGAUUGUUACAGUAAGUUGUUUCAGAUGUAUUUAAAGAUAUUCCAGAUGUUGAAUGAAAAUUGCACAUUGCCAUGCUUCACUGGGUUACAUCUAGACUUCACUCUGUAAAUAUGAGAAGCAGAAUUUUAUUCAAUAAAACAUAUUAUGCUCA